AUUUCUUGGCGUCUGUGUGUAAGACUGGAUAAUCUUGUGUUUUAGUGCAGUUCCACUUUAUCAAUGAAUCCCUAACCUGGUAUGAGGCUCAGAGCUUCUGCAGAUUAAAAUACACUGACCUGGCAACCAUAAACAACAUGGAUGAAGAAAACCAGCUGGUCAGUACACUGGACAGUCACAAGACCGCCACAUGGAUCGGACUUUACAACGGACAGAACGACAGGUGGCUGUGGUCUGAUGGGAGUGGCAGAGCAGACUUCACCAAAUGGAGCCUUGAUCAACCAGACAACUAUAAUGGGAAAGAGUCGUGUGCAGAGAUACAAGAUGACGGCCUCUGGAAUGAUAUUCCAUGUGACUUAACCAGAGCUUAUGUGUGUUAUGAAAUUCAGCAGGAUGGCAGCAAGAAGUAUGUGGUUUACACACAGGAACAAACCUGGCAGAGCAGUCAAGAUCUGUGCAGACAGAAGCACACUGAUCUGGCAUGUGUGCUUACAGACAAGGAAAAUGCAGCGAUUGCCGCAGUUACCAACAAGGCGUGGAUUGGUCUGUUUAAAGAUGCUUGGGUUUGGUCAGAUGGAACAAAGACCUCCUUCAGGUACUGGAAAAGAGGCGGAAGUUAUCGUGGAAACUGUGUUUCUGUGGAAGGAUCACAGACGGGACGCUGGAUACCAGCUGACUGUAACAAGAAAGCAACAUUUAUCUGUCAAGGAGAUGCCAAAGUAAAAAAGAUGGUCUUAAGGAUGAAGGUAAAGUCUGAUGUGGAUCUCAUGGACUCCACUGCCUCCAGUCAACUCCUAAUGAAGUUGGAGACCAUCCUGAGAGAUCAAGGGGUGGCUGAUUUCAAACUCAGCUGGCAAAGUGAUAAAAAUGGCAGCGUCUUUCAGCGUUAGCUACAAACCACGGAGAAGACGGGGAUGAGAUGCUCACUGCAGACUGUAUACAUCAUGCU